CAAUCAUAAUUUCAUUCACUUCGGUUUGGUUUUCGUGGGUUCUUUCGCCUCGCUUUGCUAAAUUUUUGCAUUUUUGACCAAAAAACUAUAAAGAUAAACAUAAAAAUAACAGAAAUUCAUAUUUUAACUGUUCAAUUAUAGUCUAUGUUUUGAAAACAGUUAGAUUUUAACAAAACCACAUAAUUUUCCUAGUCGUGUGCUAAGUGUCCCAUUUCUCUAUUCUUUUGUUAUUUUGCCUAAUUACUGGCUGCUUUCUUUUGUUUUUGUAAGUGCUUUGUGAUUUUGCAAGAUCCCUGCGAUGUACGGCGCUGUUUUCUAGCAUCGACCAGCUUUAUCCAUUGUCUUGCAUGAGGUCGCGACGGCGGUCCCGUUCGCCCCGCAUGGCCGCGCGCGCCGCUAGCCCCGCGCCGCGCCCGCGCGCCCGCCCGCUGCAGCCAUGGAGCGCGCGCUCCAGCCGCCGCCCGCGCAGCUCGCGCUGUGUGGGCCGCUCCAAGGAGGACCCGGCCAAACCGACGAGACCGCGGCCCGCGCGGGCGGACUGAGCGUCCCCGCGCCCGAGAGCCAGCCGCUGCUGCGCGACAAGCGGCCCGGCGCGCUGCACGUGCAGUUCGACGCCGCGUCGCCGCCGCCCGCGCCCGACUGCUCCUCCUCCUCCUCCAGCUCCUCCGACGACGAGGAUGUCUGCCUCGCCGAGGCGCGCCCGCCCGACGGCGGCUGGGGCUGGGUCGUCGUGUUCGCCUCCUUCAUGGUCAACCUCAUCGCCGACGGCAUCACCUUCAGCUUCGGCGUGUUCUACCCGCACUUCCUCGAGUACUUCGGCGAGGGCAAGGGCAAGACGGCGUGGAUCGCCGGCAUCUUCAUGGCCAUGCCGCUGCUGUCCGGCCCCAUCGCGUCGUUCCUCACGGACCGCUACGGCUGCCGGCGCAUGACCAUCUUCGGCGCCAUCCUCGCGUCCAUCGGCUUCGUGGUCUCCGCCUUCGUGGACAACAUCGAGACGCUGUUCCUGACCUUCGGCAUCAUGGCCGGCUUCGGGCUGAGCCUGUGCUACGUGGCGGCCGUGGUGAUCGUGGCCUACUACUUCGAGAAGAAGCGCUCGCUGGCCACCGGCAUCUCGGUGUGCGGCAGCGGCAUCGGCACGUUCGUGUUCGCGCCGCUGAGCAACGCGCUGCUGGACGAGUACGGCUGGCGCGGCACCGUGCUCAUCCUGGCCGGCUUCUUCCUCAACAUGGCGGUGUGCGGCCUGCUGUUCCGCGACCUGCCCUGGACCACCACCAUGAACGAGGAGAAGGCCAAGGAGCGCAAGCGCCGCCGCGAGCGCAAGCGCCUCAAGCGCUACGCCGGCUCGUCCGCCGACAGCUUCUCCGACAGUGUGUCAGCCGUGGGCUCCACCAAGCAGGAGGCGGAGGCGCCGCCGCCCCCGCCCCCCGUGCCGCAGUUCAGCUCGCUGGUGGACCUGCCCACCUACAUGACGGCCGGCGACGGCAUCUCGCUCGAGGUGUUCGAGCUCAUGUCCAACAAGGGCCGCGCGUACGCGAUGCUCGCGCAGAACUACCCGGGGGUGAUGCUGCCGUCGCGCAGCUUCAGCGACAGCGGGCGCCUGCACGAGAUGUCCCCCCCGCGCGCGUCGCCCGCCGCCGCCUCGCCCCCGCCCGCGCCCGCACCGCACGCAGAAAAAACCGCCUUCACACUCUGGCUCAAGAAGCAGGCCACCACCGCCGCGGAAAACGCAGUGGAAAACUCACACACGACCGUCGCCAAGAAGCCCACAGCCUUCUUCAAGGAUCUGCGCAUGCACCGACACUCGCUCACGUAUAGAGGGGCCAUGCUCAAUAUCAACCGGUAUAGGCUGCGAGCGUCGUCCUGCCCGAAUAUCUUCAGGAAUUCCAUGACCACCAUUGCUAAAGAGAAGCUGCAGUGGUACGCGGGUCUGUGGGACUUCUGGGACCUGGUGGUGGACGUGCUGGACUUCUCCCACUUCCUGAACCCGGCCUUCGCGCUGUUUGCGCUGUCAAACUUUCUGCUGUAUAUGUGGUACGACGUGCCGUAUGUGUACAUGGCGGACCACGCGCUGGGCAUGGGCUUCAACGAGAAGCAGUCCUCCAUGCUGAUCUCCAUCAUCGGCAUCGUCAACAUGUUUGGCGAGAUCCUCCUCGGCUGGGUAGGCGACUGGGAGUGCGCAAACCCGAGCAUGAUCUACGCAUUCUGCAUGGUUCUCUGCGGAGUGGUCACCGGAAUACUCCCCCUACUCACCUCCUAUUGGACACUCGGGUCUGCCUCGGGCGCGUUUGGAGCAUUCAUAGCUGCCAACUACUCUCUGACGAGUAUAAUACUGGUGGAACAGAUCACGCUGGAGAAGUUUACGAACGCAUACGGCUUGCUGCUGCUGAUACAGGGGCUGGCUAAUUUGGUUGGACCGCCGUUGGGAGGCUGGAUCUACGACGUGACAGGCACCUACGACCUGUCGUUCUACCUGUCUGGGAUCUUCAUAGCCCUGUCGGGAGUGAUCCUGGUGGUGUUACCUGUCUACAGCCAGGCGCGCCGGUACAACCAGAUGAGGAAACAGAAGACGGAGACAAGCGAAAACAUGAACGGAACGAUACAAACGGUACAAGCCAACGGUAAGAUGCCGAUAUAAAGUGAUGAGACGAGAUAAGAGCUCGCAAGAGUGACGUCACGCUCUUUCCUAUGGAACAGAUGCGAGUGGGAGGGAGACGGAAAUAUACUGUGCGACAUUGCUUACAUUGUGUUCAAGAGCAUAGUGCCUACACGUUUAGGUACGUUUUUGAAUGCGCGGCGAAGUGUCGACGAUACUGGACAAAACUAUGAGCAUAAAUUGAUGAGG